AAACAGUUAUAAAUAAUAGAUAUAUAUAAUAUAUGGUUAUCUAAUUUUUUAUUAAUUAUUAUUAAUUGUAAUUACUAUUUAUUUUUCAUAAUCUCUAAAUUUGUGACUCACUUACUUAUGUAAAUAGGUGAUCACCUUAUUAAAAUAAAUCACUCAGAAUACUCUCUCAUUCGAUGAGUCUCAUCUGCUCUCUUAUAACAAUUCAGCAAUUCAAAAUUCAUAGACAUAUAAUUAAUAUAGAGAUUUUUACACCUCAUGUCAAAAUUGACAUCUUUUUUACAUUUUUAUCAAUACACGGUUUUUUAAACUUUUUUAACUUUUAUAUUUUUCAAUUUUACUUUUCAAAAAGUUUCAUAAUUACAAAAUUACCUUUUCCCUUCUUCCUUACACACGUACACGCACGCCACCUCAUAACUCCUUUUUUAUUUUUUUUUUUGAAUUUUUCAUUUCUCUGAUUCUUCCACUCUUCAAACCGUAGCUUCCCACGAUCACCAUUCUCAAGCCCUAACCCAUUUCUUCUUCCCACGAUCACCUUCUCCAAGCCCUCACCCACGUUUUCCUCAACCUACAUUGUCAUCCUCCACUAUUUUUUUUCUAUAUAAAUGGCAACCACUAGAAGUGGUUCGAAAUCACCAUCUCUGGCGAAGAAACUUUCUAAAAAAUCGAAGAAGCCUCCAACUGUUACUUCCAAAGUCGAAGCUAAGAUGGGGUUAAAAAAAAUUGCUAAAAAUUUAGUGGGUGAUGUUCCAGAGACAUCGGGCACUAAGAAAAGAGCCCUUCCAGUUAAGGCCGAUGCUCCUAAGACUAAGAGAGCAAAAAUUUCCAAGUCUGCACGCGAUGUAAGUUUCUCUUUGUUGUUUUUAAAUUUUUCUUUAGUUUUUUUCUGGUUGUUUUAUUUGUGGUGUUACAUUUGAUGAUUUAAAGUUUUUCCCAUUUUUUGUUCUAGGUUUCCUCAGAUUCUGAUUUUGAGGAUGAAGUGCAUGCUGAGGACCAAAAGCCUAAAGUUAAAUCGAAGGUAAUUUAAAAUUGCUUGGUUUCAUUUUAUUGUGUUAAUUUUUACAUGAGCUUUUUAGGUCACUGAUUUAGGUGUUUAUUAGGAUAUUUUUAUGUUUUUUUGUUGUUCUUUAUGUAUUUCUGUCAUGUAUUGUGGUUGAUGUUGUUUUGUUGUUUUUAUUCAGUUGUUGUUUGGUUGUUGAAAAAUUGGCCAGUUCAAUUCGUAUUGUGUUACAGUUUUGAAUUGCUUCUCCCCAUUGGUUGUUUAUAUGUUUAUUGUGAAUUUGUUUUCGGUUGUUUUACACACUAUUAGUAUUUAGAAGCAUUUUACUAAUUUCAAUUGCAACAAAAUCUUUCAGUGUUGUUUAUUCUUUAGUUUUGUAUAUGUUUAUUGUGAGUUUUUUCUCGGUUGUUUGUCACACUACUAUUAUCGACUACCAUUUUCGAAAUUUCAUAACAACGAGCUUGUACAGUGUUGUUAAUAUUUUAGUUGUUUUUUCUGUUUAUUGUUAGUAUUUGUUUUUUUUUUUUUAAGUUGUGACAGUGUUGUUACUGUAUUUUUUGAAAGUUGUUUAUCUCUUACAUUUAUCAUACUGUAAGGGUUUCAUAAACGUUGUUUUUAGGUUUUUUAUUGGUUGUAUUUUGGUUACUACAUUUUUAUAUCUUCAUUGUUCUUGUAUCUAAGAUUUGAUGCUUAUGUUUUACUUUGUAUUUCUUUUUUUUUUUUUUUUUGCAGGUCCAUGCUAGGACCUCAGAGAAGGUUGAAGGAUUUGACUUACCAAAGAAAAAUCCCCCUAAGGUGUUCUUUUUUUUAAUAAAAAAUUAUUUUUAUUAUUUGUUUUCUGUUUUUGUUUUUGUUUUUUUGUUUUUGUCCUGAUUUAUUUUGUUUCAAUUGAUACAGGAAUGGGAUUAUAUUUAUGACCAGAAGAAUCUGUUCAUUGCGAAAGCCUUUUCGACUGCUACUUUCCAGGUGAUAGAGAACAUUAAGUCUUGUCUUUCAGAUGUACAGCUUGAAAUGUUUUCCAAAACCUGUUUUGGACAUUUCCUUAACCUUCCUGAUUUUAAAGUUCAACCCCAAGUGUUUCAUGGGUUGUUGCUCCGGGAGGUUCAGCAACCUAAUGAUGCUGAGUUGUGGGUAAUGAUACGCGGUGUUAGGCUUAGGUUUAGCAUUGAGGAGUUUGCUUUGAUUACUGGGUUAGACUGUGAAGGUGACUGUAGUGUUUUAGAUUUUAAGCAAGACGUUAAUAGUCUUUGUGAAAAAUAUUGGCCAACUUCGUCCUCUAUCACUAAGGAAUCUGUUAGGGAAUGUUUUACCACCAAGAGGUGGGGUGAUUCUGAUGAGGAUGCUGUGAAGUUGGCAGUUUUGUAUUUUGUGGAGUGGUUCUUGCUUAGUGGCACUAAGCAUAAAAAUGUACCUAAGUCUAUUUUAGAUGUUGUAGAUAGUGGGAGGUACAAUGAAUUUGCUUGGGGCCGGAGUUCUUUUGAAUUGACUAUUUCCUCAUUGAAGGGUAAGCUUGACAGUUGGGUUAAGGGUGUUAGGAAGGCAAGGAGUUCGGGAAAGAGGCCGAGUGUUUUUUACACUUUGAUUGGUUGUCCUCAUGUUCUUCAAAUUUGGUUCUACGAGUGUUGUAAGUACAUGAAAGGUAAGUACUGCCAAAAGGAAAACUCUCGUAUUCCAAGGAUCACUCAGUGGACAUGCAAUAGUCAGCCUACUUUCAAAGUUUUGAAGACUACUAUUUUUGAUGUUUCCAAAGAUAAGCUGCAACUUUCAAAUAUGAGGCCCACGGCUGGUGAGUUCAAAGCUUUGAAACUGAGCAGUUUCAAGUUUGACACUGACUACAACUCUUACAAGAGUCUUCCUGUUCCCGAAGAGCCAACUGUUGCUCAGAGUGACAUUUCUGUCAAGCUUGAUGCUUUUUCUGAGAAAUUUGAUGGGUUGGAGGUGAAGAUCGAUUUGUUGCAUACUUCCCAACAGAAGAUUUCAUCUGAUUUGGUUGAGUUGAAAGAGUUUGUGUCUGCACAGUUUGUUUCUUUUGGUGCUUAGAUGGCUUCAAUGCAGACACAGUUUUCUACUGUUUUUGCCGAUUCCUAUGCCAAGGUAUGUUAGUUAUUCAAUAGUUGUUUUUCGGUUUUUUUUAAGUUGUUUUAUACUAAUUUAAAUUGUAAUUUCAAUAUAGGACAAAGGCAGUGACUCUUCCAAUGAUGAUGGUGGAAGUGGUGAUGAAGCAGAUUUUGAUUUAGAUGAAUCUGAAGAAACUGAUGACAAUGAAGAAGAGAAUGUUAUGGGUGAUGAAGAAGGUGAGGGUAGUGAAGGUGAAGAGAAGGAUGGUCAAGCUGAUGAAGAUUCUGACUCAAAAGAAAAAAAUGAUAAGGGCAGUGAUGAUGAAUGCACUGAUAGUGAGGAGAAGGUAGAUAAGUAGACAAUGUAACUAGGUUUUAGUUACUUUGUGUGGUUUAUUUUGUUGUAAGUCCGUUUUAGGUAGUGGUUUUGUAAUUCUAUGUUCUUGUUAUGUCUCUUGUUAUGUUUUAUUUUUAAAAAAAAAAAUUUGCAACUAUUUUUCAGACUAUUUAUUUGUAUUUAUUAUGUUAUUUAUAUGGCUGUGUUUAUAGAUUAUGUUGUUCGCAAUUUAUUGUUGGUCUUCUUAUUUUACUUGUUGUUUUUAUUUUGUUUUUAAGUUGUUAUGUAGUUUUUUUUUAGUUGUUGAAGUCUUUCACAAAAAAAUAACUUCACUUUUUUUCCAUUCUCUUUUUCCUUUAUUUUCUGUAUCAAGAAUUUCGUUGAUUUCAAUGACGGGCCUACUCAAAUAGAUGUUGAGGCUACUGUUCAGUCCGGUGUAAAAGCAGUUGAGAUUAUGGUAAUGUUGCUUUUGUGUUGUUUUUUGGUUGUGUAAAGGUUGUUAUUUUUUAACCAUGCUCUAAUUACUUUUUAAUACCAUAUAUAAACAGAUGUCUUCAGAUGGAAUUGGUGGUGAUUCUUUUAAACAGAUUUCAGUUUCUGAAAAUGUUGAGGUUACGGAUCGUCGUCUUGUUUGUUUUGAGGUAUAUUUUUUUUUUGGUUGUUUUUUAGUUUUUUCAUACUUUUUGUGUUUAACACUGUCUUUUUUCUUUCAUUUUUAUGGAAAAAAUAUAUUAGAUGGGUGCAACAGGUCUCAAUGUUGAUUCUAACAUUGAACUUGAAGAUGACCCAAUUCCCGUUGAAGAAACUCCUCUUGUUGACAAGAGGAAAUCUAAGAAACCCAUAGCGCUGACGUCUCCGUUUAUGGAGUAUGACUCUUCCAUUUCUAGUUCUAAAGAUGGUUCUGGUUAUGGAGUUGUUAAGUAUGUGGCUGGGUUGUGUCCCCUCGAUGAUAAGAUUGGUGAAGAUGUAGAACAUAAAGACGAGAAUGAUUUUGACUUGUGGCUUGGUGAAGGACGCCGAUCGAAGAAAGAUCCGUAAGUGUUUAUUUUCAGCAUUUUUGUUGUGUUUUUGUAUUUUUUGUUUUUUACUUUACUAUUUAUGUUUCAAUUUUUUUUUUUUUUAUGUUAGGCAUGACAAGGACAAGGUUUACUUGAAGAGUAAGGAUAAGAUUGUUCCCCCUUUUCGUUUUGGCGUGGAAGAUGUUGCAACCAAGAUGUGGUUCCACAAGCUUGCAUAUCCUGGCCAAUGUUUAACUAAUUCUGUAAGUUAAUUUAUUUUUUCUUUU